AUGAGCUCCAGCAGCAAUGUCGUCGGUGUCCAUUACCGCGUGGGCAAGAAGAUAGGCGAGGGUAGCUUCGGUGUCAUCUUCGAGGGCACCAACCUCCUCAACAACACCCAGGUUGCCAUUAAAUUCGAGCCGCGCAAGAGCGAUGCGCCGCAGCUGCGAGAUGAGUACCGGACGUACAAGAUCCUGGUCGGAUGCCCCGGCAUACCCAACGUCUACUAUUUCGGCCAGGAGGGCCUGCACAACAUCCUCGUCAUCGACCUGCUAGGCCCGAGCUUGGAGGAUCUGUUUGACCACUGCGGCCGCCGCUUCUCCAUCAAGACUGUGGUCAUGGUUGCCAAGCAAAUGCUUUCCCGAGUACAGACCAUCCAUGAGAAGAAUUUAAUAUACCGCGACAUCAAACCCGACAACUUCCUCAUUGGCCGACCAAACACGAAAGCGCAGAACGUUAUCCACGUCGUCGACUUCGGCAUGGCCAAGCAGUACCGUGACCCGAAGACAAAGCAGCACAUACCGUACCGCGAGCGGAAAAGCUUGAGCGGCACUGCGCGAUACAUGUCCAUUAAUACGCAUUUGGGCAGAGAACAAUCGCGCAGAGACGAUCUGGAAGCACUUGGCCACGUCUUCAUGUACUUCCUGCGCGGCGGUCUUCCGUGGCAGGGCCUUAAGGCGGCGACUAACAAGCAAAAGUACGAGAAGAUUGGCGAGAAGAAGCAAACCACAGCUCUAAAGGACUUGUGUGAUGGCUUCCCGGAAGAGUUCAACAAGUACCUGUCGUACGUGCGGAACCUUGGCUUCGAAGACACGCCCGACUAUGACUACUUGCGUGACCUUUUCACAAAGGCGUUGCAAGGGACCGGAGAAGUCGAAGAUGGCGAGUACGACUGGAUGAAGCUCAACAAUGGCAAAGGGUGGGACGUACCGCAAAGGUCGUCUCAGUCCCAAGCGCACCGUGAGCAGGUCAACCCAUCGGCUGCGGACCUGAAAGUGGUCGCCGGCACGGCAGCCCAAAGAGCGUCACGGACACCAAUUCCACAGGACCGACUGAACGCAGACCUACCUAAGCCGGGCGCAGCACGCCCAAGUCAGCCUAGACCCUCUGGCCAGCAACCGCGAAGGCAUCACAAUAGUAUGGACAUGGCCGGAAAGCGGGGGAGCCAACUUGACGCAAACGACAACGUCUCAACGGCACCUCAAUUUGCCACUUCUACGCCUAACUUAGCAGGUCGGUUAAGCACUGGUCAACUUCCAACACAAGCUCAAAGCCGACAACCGUCUGGUACCGCAGCGCCACAAGUACGACAGCAACCACAGCAGCCUCCGGCUCAGCAGCAGCAGCAGCAGCCAGAGCAGAAGGAAGGCUUCAUGCAGAAGGUCUUCAAGGUGUUGUGCUGCGGUUAG